ACGUUGUAGCCUACUUCAGUGAACUUAUACAAUUUAAUGAUUGUACUUCGGUGUAAUUCGCGUUUCCGAGAACCUCGUGUGAUUUGACCGCUCCGCGCUGCCGUCGCUCCACAACAACACGGCAGCGCGCCGUCCAGAGGGUUUGGGUUAUCCCGCUGAUACAGACAGACAGACAAACAGACCGACAGGCCCCCCCCCCUGGACCCCACGAAACACCCGGUCAUGGACCCCUAGCAUCCCGGCUCACUGACCAUCAUCGGCUCAUUCCCGCCGGGGGUGAACAUCAGCGUUGUCAUGGCGACGGCGCUAUCCCACUGAUGGAGUCAGUGAAGAACAGCGGUGAGCAGGAGGCUGGCCCUGGGGAGCGGGGGCUGGCCCACCUCUGGAGGGGCUACGCCUGCAGCCUGGCCCCAGAGAGGCUGCUCCUCUCCCGGCCCGUGGUCCAGGCGAGCCUGGGGACCCGGCACGGCCUCCUGCUGGUGGAAGGCGGUCAGGUAUACAGCUUCGGUGUGUCUCCAUGGAAACAGCCCCCCUCCCCCGGGCCCCGCCCCCCGGCCCUGGAGCCUUCCCUCAGCGGGCGGCGGGUGGUCUCCGUGGCGACGGGCUCCUCCCACUGCGGCGCCGUGACGGAGGACGGCGGCGUCCACAUGUGGGGCGCCAACGGGGCGGGGCAGUGCGGGCUGGCAGGCCCCGCCUCCAUCCCCAACCCCACCCCCGUGGCCCUGCUGCUCCCGGCCGGCCCCGCCCACAGCGCGCCCGUCCUGGAGCUGGCCCUGGGCCACGCCCACUCCCUCGCCCUCUCCGCCCAGCGCGAGGUCUGGGCCUGGGGGCGCGGGCCCCAGCUGGGGCUGCUGGGCUCCACCCCCUCCUCCGGUGGCUCCGUCUCCUCCUCUGGGGGCUCCACCUCCCCCUCCGGUGGCCCCGCCCCCUCCUGGCGGCCGCGGCGGGUGGAGCACCUGGCCGGGCGCCACGUGCUGCAGGUGGCGUGUGGCUCCGCCCACAGCCUGGCGCUGGUGCGCUGCCAGGGGCCGCGGGGGGGCGGGCGGGGCCCCGGGGCCCCCCUGGAUGCGUGCGGCCGCUGCCACCAGCUGCUCUACACCAUGACGGACCGCGAGGACCACGUCAUCAUCUCCGACUCGCACUACUGCCCCCUGGGGGUGGAGCUGACUGAGGAGGGGGAGGAGCCACGGCCCAGGGGGGCGUCGCCUGCACGGAGCCUCAGGACCUCCCCCUCCAAGCCCCGGCUCCCUGAGGGCCGCGCCGCCGAGACACCGCUGGGCGUCGCCGCCCCGGCCGGUGGAGGCGUGGCCCCGCCCCCUGUGGUGGCCCCUCCCCCCGCUGGGGCUGACCCAGCCCCUGGCGUCGGGGAUGGGGCCGCCUCCCCCUAUCCCCACGAGAACGCCGUCCGGGAGUACCUGAGGAGGCUGUCAGACCACGCCCUUAUCGAGCCCUUAGGCCACGACCACAUGGAGCCGUCAGACCAUGGCCUUAUCGAGCCCUUAGGCCACGCGCACAUGGAGCUGUCGGGCGACGCCCAGUUAGAGCCGUUAAGCCACGCCCACAUUGAGAAUCCAGACCACGCCCAGACGCAGCAGACGGCCACUGCAGAGCUCUCAUCAGAACCGGCCCCGCCCGGCCACGGCUCCCCCCUCCCGGCCCGGCCCCCCGGCCCCGCCCACCACCCCGGCUCCGCCCUCAACAGCCUGGUGACGUCGUGUGCGUCGGCGGUGGGCGAGCGCGUGGCCUCCACCUACGAGGCGCUCUCCCUGAAGAAGAUGAUGCACUACUACCUGUCCUCCUCCGGGGGGCCCGCGGGCUGCGGGGCCCCUGGCUGCGGGGGGGGGGCGGCCCUGGAAGAGUCGAUGCAGGCCAGGAAGAGCUCCAGCACUGGGGACAUCCGGGCGGAGGAGGCGGAGGGCCGGCGCCGCCUCUCCCUCCCAGGGCUCCUCUCUCAGGGUAGAUACUCCGUCAGCCUGCUGGCCUCCUACUCCUCUUCUCAUGCCUGGCUCUUCUCCCCCCGCCUGCUGAGGAAGUUGGGGCGGCCCCGGGGCCCAGCGGUGGCCCUCACCCAACUGGGCGGCUGCAUCCCUGGGAGCCAGGAGCUGCUGCCCCCCCUGCAGACCGAGGUGUGGAGUUGGGGCCACGGGGGGAGGGGCCAGCUGGGCCACGGAGACCACCUGGCCAGGCUCCAGCCGCUGUGCAUCAAGAGUCUGAACAACAAGGAGGUGGUCCGCGUGGCGGCGGGGGACCACCACUCCCUGGCCCUCACCGCCGGCUCACAGGUGUUCUCCUGGGGCAGUAACAGUUCAGGUCAGCUGGGCCACAUGGAGUCUCCCACCACCGUCCCCCGCCUGGCAAAGUUCUCAGAGGGGAUCCGGGUGUGGGAUGUGGCAGCGGGGGGGAGCCACAGCGUGUUCGUGGCCGACGGGGACUGUGUCCAGCCCAUCCUCUACUACAGCGGAAGGCAGGAGCAGGGGGAGGAGGGGGAGGAGGAGGGGGAGGAGGGGGAGGAGGGGGAGGAGAAGGCCGGUGUGUACACCCAGCAACCCGUCCUGCUCCCCUUCUGCAUGAACCUGGGCUACACCAGCAGUGUGUGUGCGGGCGGCGGUCGCUGCCUGUCCCUCUCUGACCGUAACGUGAUGGGCUUCAUCGCCGGCCUCCACGAGGUGGCAUCCGCCGAGAGGAGGUUCUACUGCCGGCUGACUGCCAUCAAGACCGGGGCGCUGCGCCCUCUGCUGGAGGCCGAGUCCCUGAGCCCCACUCUGGGGGCGGUCCUGCUGGGGCUGCUCCAGACCCUGGUGGGGGGGUUCAGCCUGCUCUACACCCUGACGGGGCAGCACUCCGCCAGCCUGACCUCUGCCCUGCGGCGGGGCCGCGACCUCCAGGCUCUGCUCCUCCUCAACCACGCCCACAUCUUCCUGGACGCCUACCGGCAGUACUGUACCUACCUGGGUAACUUCCAUGUGAUGGGGGGCUUCCAGGCUUUGAGCAAACCCGCCCUGGAGGUGUUCGGUAAGACCUUGGAUCCCCUGCUGCGGCUGUCUGAGAGCCCAGAGGAGGGUCCGGCCUCCGACCACUUGAUGGCGCUGUUCGCCCUGCCUCUGGGACACCUGGGGGAGUACGGCCGCCUGCUGCUCAAGCUGGCCACCUGCUACGAAGUGUCCUCCAGUGAGUACCAGCGGCUCCACUCUGCCUGCUCUCAGUUUGAGGCUCUGACUCUUCAUCUGAAGAAGAGGAGGAAGGAGGCAGAGUACACUCACCACUUCUGGAAGAGCUUCCCCGGCAAGAUGACGGACUCCCUGCGGCGGCCUGGGCGUCGUCUGGUGUGUGAGAGCAGUAACAAGGCCCUCAGUCUGCUGAACGCCAGCCGCUUCUCCGUCAACUGGUUCAUCCUGUUCAGCGACGCUCUGGUGCACGCUCAGGGCGUGGCGCCUUCCAAAAACAUCUUCUCCACCCAUCACGUUUUCCCGUUGGCCACUCUGUGGGUGGAGCCUAUUUCGGAGGAGAACUCUGAACAGUACGGUCUGAAGGUGAUCUCCCCGGAGGAGACCUUCACUCUGCUCGCCUGCUCCCCCAUCGAGAAGGCCAAGUGGCUGCGUGCCAUCAACCAGACGGUGGAUCUGGCGCUAGGGGGGGCGGGGCCUGACCCCGUCACUCUCAGCCCGGGGGCGGGGCAGAAGGCGGAGCCUCCCAUCUCGAGGACGGCCUCCUACACCUUCCACAAGGACGCCCGUCUGAGGGAGGCCACGUACGAGGGCCGCUGGUUGGCAGGCCGGCCCCACGGCAGGGGGGUCCUGAAGUGGCCGGACGGACGGAUCUACACAGGCUCCUUCAAGAUGGGUCUGGAGGACGGCUAUGGUGAGUUUGUGUCCCCCACUAAGAACGCUGGCAUUCAGGAGCAGUACCUGGGCCACUGGAAGGAGGGGCGCAUGCACGGCGCUGGGACCUACAGGUACUCCAGCGGGGAGGUGUACGAGGGCUCGUUCCGGGACGGCGUUCGCCAUGGCCACGGCAUGCUGCGGAGCGGCCGGCUCACCUCCUCCUCCUCCUCCUCCCCCCCCCCGCCCGGCGGCAGGCCCUCCCCCUCCUCCUCCUCCUCCCCGCCCUCCGUCUUCAUCGGCCGCUGGGUCGCCGACCGCAAGGCCGGCUACGGCGUCUACGACGACAUCACCAGGGGGGAGAAGUACAUGGGGGUGUAUCAGGAGAACCAGCGUCAGGGCUCCGGGGUCAUCGUUACCCAGUUUGGCCUCUACUACGAGGGGACCUUCAAGGACAACAAGAUGGGGGGUACGGGGGUGCUGGUAGCAGAAGACGACACGACCUACGAAGGAGAGUUCUCUGAGGACUGGACGCUCUACGGGAAGGGGGUUCUCACCAUGCCUAACGGGGACUACCUGGAGGGGUCCUUCAGCGGGGAGUGGGGGUCCGGCCUGAAGAUCAGCGGCACCUACCACAAGCCCUUUGACCCCGAGAGGAGACGGCCCCUUCCUCUGGGCCGGCUGUGCGUGUGUGCGGAGGACAAGUGGCCCUCGGUGUUUGAGGAGUGCUGGGCGGCCCUCGGCUGCAUGGCCCCCGGCCAGGGGCCCCCCUCCAGAGCCUGGGAGGGCAUCGCUGUGGCCCUCACCGCCAGCAGGAGACACCUGCAGGACAGCCCAGAGGUCAUGACCCGCAGUAUGAGCCGGACCCUGGAGAGCCUGGAGGUCAUCCCCCAGCACAGCGGGCCAAUCACCAUGGAGCGCUACACCAAGAUCCGCCUCUACCUCAUCAAGGCCUGUGACAGCCCGCUGCACCCCCUGGGCCGGCUGCUGGAGGUGCUGGUGGCCGUCUACAGGAUGACCUACGUGGGCGUGGGGGCCAACCGCCGGCUGCUGCCCCAGGCCGUUAGCGAGAUCAAGUCCUACCUGGACCGCCUCUUCACCAUCGUCAGGUUCCUGUUCCCUGACCUUCCAGAGGAGGGCGGUGUCAUCCCAGAGACUCCCUCCUCCCCCCUCCCCCAGGAGAAGACCUCCUCCCCAGGGUCCGGCCCCCCGGCCCCGCACUCCCCCAGGCCGGUGCGGGUGGUCUCCUCGUCCUCCCUGCUCCUCCCCCUGCUCCUUCCCAGGCUGUACCCUCCUCUCUUCACGCUGUACGCCCUGUGUGGGGAGCAGGAGGAGGACCUCUACUGGGACUGUGUGCUGAGGCUGAACCGCCAGCCAGACCUCGCCCUGCUGGCCUUCCUGGGGGUGCUGCAGAAGUUCUGGCCCAGUUCCAUCCCAGUGUCCUUGCCUCUACUGGGAGAGAACCAGCAGAUCCUGUCCACCACUAAGGACGCCUGCUUCGCCUCCGCCGUGGAAACCCUGCAGCAGAUCAGCACGACCUUCACCCCCUCUGAUAAGCUGAAGGUCAUCCAGCUGACCUUUGAGGAGAUCACACAGGAAGUGCAGUCACUGCUGAGGGCCGACUUCCUGUGGUCCAUGGACGACCUGUUCCCCGUGUUCCUCUACGUGGUGCUGAGGGCCCGCAUUAGGAACCUGGGGUCAGAGGUUCGCCUGAUUGAGGACCUGAUGGACCCCUGUCUCCAACACGGAGAGCACGGCAUCAUGUUCACCACACUGAAGGCAUGUUACUAUCAGAUCCAGCAUGAGAAGAUCACCUAACGCCCCUGAUACACUACGACGACCUCUGACCCCUCCCACCCCCCUCCUGGAGGGGGUCCCUGGAGCCGUGGAGCAUGUGACCGCCGUCAGCCAAUAGGGGAUCAGAAGAGGGGGAGGAGACCGUCUGGGGGCGCGGGGCCAGAGAGGUGGAGUUCCACCUUCGUGACCACACCCACCCCCGCCCACUCACUGACACUUAAACUACCAGCACAACCCCCCCGCCCGCUCAGACCAGUUCUGGACCUGAUACUGGACGCACAAACCCUGUGACCCUUGACCCCUGGAGCCCCCACCAAGUCCACCCCCGUGACCUUUGACCCCUAGAGCCCAACCGAGUCAACCCCCGUGACCUUUGACCCCUGGAGCGCCACCAAGUCCACCCCCGUGACCUUUGACCCCUGGGGGGCCCACCAAGUCCACCCCUUUGACCCCUUUGGGCCCCACCAAGUCCACCCCUGUGACCUUUGACCCCUGGGGCCCCCGCAAACUGUACCAUGGUGUGAAGAACAGUGAUGCAACGGUCACAUUGGAGGAAGAUGUUUCUAACAUGUCUUCUGUAGUGUCUGGUCUAAGACCUUCGGGAUCUCAACCACCAGUCAAACCAUCCUUGGUUCCUCUGUUUCCCAGUACGUCAACGUAGUCUAGACUGGCCUGCUCCUCGACCCACUGGGGUUUCACCAGAGGACGCGGUGACGAUCAAUGGAACCAAGUCACGGUUUGGCUUCCACUGGUCUGAGGAGGUCUUCAGCCCACCUGGAGAUAGAUGGACAAAGUGAGGAUGGUGAACACAAACCAAGUUACCAGACCGAGUGAGCAUUAGAAGGAACGUGGGAGAAGGUUUACAUUCUCAGUAUGCAUCCUUCAGGUCGUUCGUCUUGUUGGAAACUGACACCGGCGUUAUAACGCCAUACGACAGAAGUACUUUUCUAGAAGCUCGCCUCAAAUACACGAGAACCUCACGAUGAGUUUGAGUUAAGUGUUCAUUAACGAUGAUUAACCGUAGCUCCCUGAGAACCCAAGGUUUCUAAGUGAGGGUUCUCCUCCUACGAUGACCUCAGCGAGGGGGGAGGUUCCACUCCAGAACGUCUAGCUCCUUGUGAGCCAAGGAGUAGUUCCUGAGUGUUACUCCACUCCUCUGUGAGGACGUCAGUGUAGGACAACCACAAGUCAUCACAGACCUGGUUAUGGUCUGCCCCUCUGAACCAGGGAGACAUGAGGCAGACUGACCUAGUUAGGAUAGGUCUACGACCAGAACGCUGUAGUUAGGAUAAGUCUACUACCAGAACGCUGUAGUUAGGAUAAGUCUACUACCAGAACGCUGUAGUUAGGAUAAGUCUACUACCAGAACGCUGUAGUUAAUUUAAGACCUCAACUGACUGUUAUGAGCAUUGAUGUCAUGCAACGACGUCUGUAAAAAGGGUUGAAAUAACGACGUGGUUGAUUUGGAAUUAAAUCGCAGCACAGGACUGACCUAAUUGGACUGAAGUAAUUGGUUAAUUGACCGCUAAUUGCGUGGUGACUGCACGUGACACUGUGAACCAAUUGAAAAGAAGAAGCUGUAAUUAUAUACAAUUUAUUCACUGUUCGGUUUUAUUUUUUCACACAUCGUUUAUUAAGUUAUAUAAGUGCACCGACUAAUUAUCGAUAAUGACGUUUCAUUUUAAUUAAAAAUAUUCAUUUGUUGGAAGGCUCUCAGAAACGGUUGAGUAUGAAAAAUUUUCAGUGUCGACAUGCAAUAAAGUCAUUUCGUUUGGGA